UUUUAUAGCCAUACUUUCUUCACCACUGCAUGUUCAUUCAUGACCAACGUUAUGACUGUCCAGUGUUUGACAUGGCCUAGUAUUCAUAACCUUCAUAACCUACAUGCAGUGUUAAUAGGCAUGAUUGUUUUGUUGUGACACGCUCUACCAGGCCCAUUUGUGUAGAAUGUGUUUCUCUCUGCAUCUUUCUGACCGUGCACUGUGGAGCCUCUAUCUCUGCAGACCACAUGUGACUCGGCUUCCGUUGCUUUCUUGCUUCCGCAAAUAACUAAAAGUGGUUUGCUUGCAAGAGGUGCAGAUGUUAAAGCACUUGGUUUGUCCGAGGGAGCUGGUCAAACACACUGUUUCACGACGAGAACGGGGAAAUGGUGUACAGGGAAAGGUGCAGCUGCGCGGACGACGCAAAGCAGCCCAGUGGGCGAGUAUGAUAAGAUGCCGGUCCUCAGUGUUCUCUCCACACUGUUGUACUUUAUAUCAAUGCCUGUGCCUUGGGCCCUCGGCCAUCCACACAUCACCCCCUGCAGACUGAGUCAAAGCACAGCUCUAUGUAACAGCUACGGGCUCUCUUCUGUUCCAAGUGACUUGCCACAACAAAUAGAAGAGCUUUUUCUAAAUCAAAACUUUGUGUCAACAUUACAGAAUGAUUGUCUCUCACGGUAUGCUUCCCUUCGCCUCUUCAGCUGUGCAAGCAACAGGUUAAGGGCAGUUGAGGAAAAAGCUUUCUCCCGUUCCCCACUGAUAGAGAGCCUCAAUUUGGCCAACAACGACCUCCACCAUGGGCAUAAGCAGUUCGCCCAGUCUCUGAGGUCUUUGACCAGGCUAAGAACUCUGGAUUUAUCUAGUAAUGGACUCACAGAGGAUAUGGUUUCUGAUCUGCUACAAAACCUCACAUCUAUUGAGUUUCUGUAUUUAUCUGGAAACAUUUUGCUCAGAUUAGACGAAUCCACAUUUAGAGACCUUUACCAGCUGAAGGAACUGAAUCUAGAGAGAAAUCUCUUGUUUGAAAUUGAUGGGGCCUUUGAUCACCUACAAAAGCUUCUGCGGCUUAACUUGGCCUUUAACUCUCUGCCAUGCUUGGUGAAGUUUGAAAUGACCCAGUUGGUGAUGCUGAAUGCCAGCCACAAUCUUAUUGAAUGGUUCAUUACUAAUUCAGACGUCACAGAGAUAUUUCAGCUGGAGAUGCUGGAUCUGUCCAACAACCGGCUCCUGUUUUUCCCCUUCCUUCCCACUCACAGUUCCAUUAGGUCAUUGCUACUGUCCAAUAACCAGAUUAACUUUUAUAGUCAUCUAGCAGUGAACAAUUCUUCAAACUGGACCACUAAUGUUGAGUACUACAACAUGGGCAGAAAUGCCAGCAACAUUACAGCAGACCUCUGGGAUGAGAGCCUUCAUGGAGAUAUCUCUUCUGUGCAACUGUUGGAUCUCAGUGGGAACCAGCUGAGAUACUUCCCUAAGGGAUUCCUUCAGAAAAUGCCUCACCUCUACUGGUUGAGGCUGAGAAGAAACUGCUUAGAAUCCUUCAAUCUAACAGCAGAGGAUGUGCCAGCCACUCUGUAUGAACUGGAUGUAAGCAACAAUAGACUUACAGAGCUGCACGCCCAGCCAAGUUCAGUCAGUGUACUUAAUAACCUUACACAUCUGAACUUGAGCUUAAAUGACAUUAAGAGGCUUCCCCCUAGAGUCUUCAAUACCCUUCCCAGUUUAAAUACUGUGGACCUUAGUUAUAACACAGUAGGUAUAUGUCAUUCCGGAGACAUCAGUGACUCUGACACUCCAGCUUGUGUGGUUUGGACAAAUCAUUCUUCCUUGAAACAGCUCUAUAUUGCUGGAUGUAGCAUACAAAAUCUGCCACCUCUGGUUUUUGAGGGUACGCCACUGACACACCUAGAACUAUCCAACAACCCAGACUUGCUCAUUGGCCAAGACUCUUUAUCAGGUCUCAGUGGAACCUUGCAGCACCUGGGACUGAGCAACACAGGUCUGCAAAACUUUGACUUCUCACCAUAUAAACAUUUGAAAUUUCUAAACAUCUCCAAAAAUGCAAUAUGGGAGCUACCAAAAUCUCUAUUGAUGUUGAACUUGAAGCUUCUGGACUUGAGGAAUAACAUGCUAUCCACUAUCCAAUCUGAACAUGCCACUGCGCUAGCAGACAGGGUUCAGAUUGUCUAUGUAAAUGGUAAUGCUUUUAAUUGCUGCCAUUUGGAAUGGUACAGGAUGUUUGAGGAAUCAAAAGCCCUCUGUGCUGUUGAUCUCUCAGAGGUUACAUGUAUAGACCUACACCGCCAGAGCCAAAAAGCCAUGUUUUUUGACUCUGUCGAUUGCGGCAGCCGCAGCACAGAGGAGUCAAUUUUCUGGUACAUUCUGCUCUUUUUAUCCGUUUGCUUGUCCCUGGUGGGCAUCUCUGUCAUUUAUCUACUCACAUACAGGCCAAAAGUGCUGCCUCGUGCAAUUAAAAAGAAAUGUUGGAGGCCCACACCAUACUAAACAAACAGCCAACACAGAACUGUUUAUAGAUAUUGAAAUGUCUUUUUUUGUCCUCUGACAGCCCAAGACCCUGACUUUUUGUAAUACAGCAAUUGCAAGUUAUUUUUUUAGCUAACAUGAGAAUAUGAUAACAAGCCUUUGUUACAAAAUGUAAACAGAACAUAUGAAUGUCUCGCAUGCACUUUUUGUACAUUUUACAUUCAUUAAAGUCAUAUUUUACACUCUAA